UGCAAUCGGCUCGUUAGCAGAGGCGCUCGAUUCGACCAAUUCGAAACUGUCUGCCCGAGCAAUGCGAGAACAUUGCGAGCGUGCUCGGCAACAAUGCCGCAGAUAAUCGAGCUCUGAGUCGAGGUCCGAGGUCUGGUUCCGAAGGAUUUUUUUCAGAACAGUCGAGUGGAGCUCAGAAGCUCAGGCCGGUCCAGGAGAAGCGCGGUCCAAAACCGGCGCUGUGGGGAUUUGUGGGCUUCUUUUACCUCUUCCUCCUCGACUCAUGGUGUUUCUUGGUGCGCGGAGUGCUGUUGUUUGUCCGUUGUGGAGGAGACAGGAACUUUGCGUGAUUGCGCCCACUCAUUCGCCUUUAGAUCGACGGUGAUGUGAACUUCUGGAGGCAUAGAAAUUGCUCCAAUCGGGCAACGCGAUUGCCUUGAGUGGGUAUUUCGUCCGGGGUAGUUAGAAUUCUUAGAGUUCUUCCGACGGGCGCAGGUUUAGGCGAGGCAGAGGUCUUCUGGAUACUCCCUCUGCCACGAGCUGCCAGUCCGAUUGGUCUGCCGUGUAGUGGAGCUGGAGCCGGCAAGGUGUAAGUGAGUGAAACAUGGCCACGAAUACCUGUUUGAUUCGCAGCUGACGACCUUUCAAACUUGAUUUCGCAGCUGGAGAUAAUUGUGAAAGAAUGGUCUAGCAGAUUGCGAGACUCCAGUUCUUCGGCCGCAGUAGAAGACAUCAGAGACAGGAAUUUUAGUUCUGGGCUACCCCACGAUUAGACACGUUCACACAUUCAGUAUCGUGAUCAGCGUUUGGAAUUUUUCGAAAUUCUCUGUCGAAGGGUUGUCAAGGGCAAGAGAAGUGAACGUAACCAGUCCUUGAGGCAUUGCGAGCCUUCUUGCAAUGGACGGAGGGAAUUCUGAGAGGGAAAACACGGACAUGGAACCAGAGAUGCCUGGUUCACCACAGAACGAUAAGAAGAGGAAGUCUCUUGCUACCGAGGAUGACCCGUCAUUACCUGAUUUGGAGAUAGAAUAUGGCCUAGAUGCGGCGGCCAGUAUUUCCAAGAAGAAGAGGAGGGAAGAGGCCGAAUCUAUAGACGCAGAGACGCAAAGAUUACUGAGAGAGUCCAAGAAGGUGGCAUUUCCCGAAGAGCAGCUGGAGCAGAAACCAAUAUCUAGUGUUCUAGAGAAAAUGCGGAAUCGUAAGCUGCAGCGAGCUCAAAAGAAGAGAUCAUCUCAUCAAGUUGCCGAGUGUUCUUCGAAACGCCCAAUCUUGGACUUGAAGAAGGCUCUCUCUGUCGACAGUGGAUUGAACUUAGAUCUGGAGGACGACAUCGAGGUGGUGAUGGUGAAGCCUCCCACUCAUCAGGUUCUGGCCGUGAAGCAAGAACCUGGUGGAACAAGUGGAACCAAUGAGCAUAUGAACACCACAGCCUUCGUUGAAUCUGUAGAAGGACCCAGCAGACCGAGUACACCGGAAACCAGACCUGAAGCAUCUCGCGCUGAUAAGUCUUCGGUGGUAUCAGGCAAACGGGAGGCCCCCCUGCGGCCACUUUUGAUAGAUUCACAGGAGCUAUACUGCGAUUCUCAACUGAGCCCAAGUCGAGAUGAAGCUCCAGAUGCAAGAGGUAGAGACGAAGAUGUAACUCUUCCUGAAUACAGUAUGAAUUUGCAGUUUGACUCCGAAACUCAGGACGAAGAUAGCAGUUCUCGAGUGGAAGACGAGGAGAAGGAAAACAAGGAUCCGAAAAGAGCAGCAGAAGUCCUCCCCACUGUAUCUCGUGUUAGGGGUCUAAUAGAUGAUGAAGCGGAAGAUGAGGAUGAAGACCUUCUGGAAGAUGAGGAUGACGAGGAUGACGAUACUACCGAAGACCUUCGCGAUCUGUUAGCACAGGAUGUGACCGAAAAAGCAGCCGACAGGAAACGGCGUGCAGACCUCCAUCGAAAAUGGCUUCAGCAGCAAGACGAUUCUAUGACAGAUACCAUUUUACAGAGGAUAGAAACUGGUUGGAGGAACAAAGCCAAGAAGCAAAAACUGCCCGGAAUUUUGGACGAGGUAGAUGAUGAUGACAGCACAGGGUGUAAGUCCCAAACAGUGGAGGAAGCAACAGAGGAACCAACUGAGUCUACAGUCGCGAGCCUAACAUCUAGUAUUAAGAGAAAAAGUGAAGAGCCCACCGAUCAUGGUGUUAAACGUUCAAGAAGCCAAGAAGUUGAAGAAACGGAAGACGAUGACUGUGAAGAAGAAGAUGAAUGGUUUCGGCGGCAGCGACUGCUCAAUGAAUCUGAAGAGCACAGCGAACUCCCCUCUGUACACGAUGACGAGACUUCAAGACAAAUUUUCAGCCUCAUAAACAAAGUAAAUGUCGCAACAAUAAAAAGUACCAAAGUUACAACAGGAAGUAACGACAUGCGGCCCCUUGGCGUAGCACAUCACCAUACUCUGUCGCACGUACAGUCCUCCUUCGUGCGGCGCACAACUACGACUUCUGUGCCACCAACCACGCGGCAAGGAUCAGGAAAUUCUCGAUCGUACAUAUUUGGACGCGAUGAUAGUAACAGCAACCAUGCAAGUCGGCCUCAGGGAAGUGACGAUAAGGGUGUGAAAGACUUGUCUCCUGCCACGGGUGGGGAUAAUCAAAACCGUAAAGCACGAACUACUCCUACCUCCAGAGGCGGUUCAUCAGGAGGGAAGGGCAAUGAAGCGAAGGCAGCGGAGACAACUGGUCCAUCACUGUUUCAAAUUUUAAGGCAACAGGCUGCCGACUUGGAGAAGUCAGUACUUGCAAGAGAUUCUUCUUUCAGCCUGAAUGGAAGCAGCUCUCGCUCGGGAGAUCUCUCCAUCUUUUCCGUCAUGAAGCCUUCAAAACCAUCUCGUAAAUCCAAAGGUUAAAUUUUCGACCAGGUAAAUCUCAGUUUCAAAAUUUUGGGGUUUGAGGUAUUUCACUAGACCGCUGCGUCUGUCUGUUCCUUCUUCUCAAGGCUCAAGUUCCUUCAAAGGAAUCAGACAGUAGAUUCUGUUCUGGAGUGUGGUGAAGCUCAUAAUUCUUGGCCUCUGCCGACUUUUUGAUCCCGGUUCUCGCCGUCCCCAAAUUUGCUCCUUUCUGAAGAAAAUUCUCUGACAUCUUAGGAACAAAAGCUGUAUAGAUCAUCUUCCUUUCUCACACGUCAAUGUGGGAUGGAAUUUGUGAUUCAUUAGUAUGUGCCUGAUGUAGCUGUGUCUGACCUUUAGUUUUGGCUUUUGGACAUAGUUGGCAAAUUUGUAUCAACAGACCCUGCACGGUAUACUUAGUACAGGAAGAGGAUUGAACAGGGUUCUUGUACAGAUCACUUUCUUUUAUGUCAAGAUUCAUCGAUUGAGAUUAUAGGUUGUGGUGCAUGUACAUAGUCAAGCUUUUCUAUAGAUCUGCACUGAAAAUCUCGACGUCGCGUUGUCAGCACUUGGCUCUAAUCGAAAGAUGAAGAGGGAUUGUGCCUACGUGAGUUGUCUCCUGUACGACGUAUGUUGAUAGUUUGUAUCUGCUGCCGAUUCUGAUAAGAUUACGGACCUGGUACCGAGCAAAGUUUACUUGAAUUCGCUGUGAACAUUGGUGUCAGCAUAUAUCCUGAGAGUGCUGAGUAUUCAAUCGCAAGCUCUCAAUCGCCGUGUGAAUUAUUCUCGUAGUUGUUGCUUAGGAAUUCCAGUUCUACGGUGCCUUCAAUGCCGGCCAGAGAGCAGUUGCUAGUUUCAUCAAAUCCGAUUAGUCUCUCUACAGAUCUCUGAAUAUCGUCAAGGUCCUGAGCAAGGCCGUGAGUAUUGGAAUUUGAUUUUAUAUUGAGGCUCUUGGACAGUUGAUACUGACAGGAUCUUUGAACACUGUCUGAUAUCC